AACAUUCUCCCAUCAAUUUCAAAAACAUUCUUUCACAAAAGCUUAUAAUAUACUAGUAUACUAUCAUGGAUCCACAAAGAUCACCACCGCCGCGGGGUGGCGGCAGCAACAGAGGUAUCCGGGCGGCGAUAGCGGCGGCUGCGGCGGCCGUGUUUGGCGGUUACCUAGUUUUGUUGGUGGGGAUGCCCACAAACGCCUAUAAACAGACAUGGCUGCCGCUGCUCCGAGCUAAAACCACCACCACUUACUUCGGAACUAACCAAGGUGCAACGUUCUUGGUCUUCACAUCUCCACUUCUAUUAAUUGCACUAUUGGGAUGUGUGUAUCUCCAUUUAGGCAAGAAAUCCGAAAUUAACAAUAUUAAGAGUGGGGAUGGAGAGAAUCGGCUAGAUAUAUGGAAGAGGCCAAUGAUCAUCAAAGGCCUAGGAAUUGUUUCAAGAAUAGAGCUUGCUUUCUUUCUCAUGUUUAUUGCUCUUCUUAUUUGGAAUUUGGCUACCUAUUUCCACAACGAUUUUGCCAAAAUUACACCCAAGUCCGCCGCACAAAGUGGACAUAAAGUGUGGGAGGCGAAGCUGGACAUGGCGGCGCUCCGGCUAGGACUGGUCGGAAACAUAGCGCUGACUUUCCUAUUCUUCCCGGUGACACGUGGCUCGUCGGUGCUGCAGUUUUUGGGGCUAACGUCGGAGGCUAGCGUCAAAUACCACAUAUGGCUGGGCCACAUUGUCAUGACCUUCUUCACCGCCCAUGGCCUUGCUUACAUCAUCUUUUGGGCUUCCACUCAUCAACUAUCUCAGAUGGUGAAAUGGGAGAAUACAGGAGUCUCAAACUUAGCUGGAGAGUUAUCUCUUCUAGCAGGAUUAAUCCUAUGGGCUACCACAUUCCCAAGAAUAAGAAGAAGAAUGUUUGAGCUCUUCUUCUACACUCAUCACCUCUACAUUCUAUUUCUCUUCUUCUUUGUGCUUCAUGUCGGCAUCAGCUUCGCCUCCAUCAUGCUCCCCGGCUUCUUCCUCUUCCUCAUCGACAGAUACCUCAGGUUCCUGCAGUCGAGGCAACACGUUCGCCUCGUCUCCGCUAGGGUUCUCCCGUGCCACACCGUUGAGCUCAACUUCUCCAAGAGCAAAGGUGUAAAUUACACUCCAACUAGCAUCAUGUUCAUCAAUGUGCCAAGCAUUUCUAAGCUGCAAUGGCAUCCAUUUACUAUUAGUUCAAGUAGUAGUUUGGAGAGUGAUAAAAUAAGUGUGAUCAUCAAAGGGGAAGGAAAAUGGACCACUAAACUCAACGACUUGAUUGCUUCGCCCACUCCACCCGAUCGUCUCGAUGUCUCCAUCGAAGGCCCUUAUGGACCUGCCUCCACCGAUUUCCUAAGGCACGACCUCCUAGUGAUGGUGGGCGGGGGAAGCGGCGUGACGCCGUUCAUCUCCAUCAUCCGCGAGCUCAUCCACACGGCCGAAACCCUAAACCGCCGGAGCCCGCGGAUCCUCCUCAUCGCGGCGUUCCGGAACUCGGCCGACCUAACCAUCCUCGACCUCAUCCUCCCGAUCUCCGGCGCCCCGCCGCACCUCUCCAACCUGAGCCUCCAAGUCGAGGCCUACGUCACCCGGGAGAAGCAGCCGGCGCCGGAGAAGAAGGCCGCCCGCGCCGUCUGGUUCAAGCCGGCCCCGCUCGACGCGCCACUCACCGCAACCCUAGGCGACGACAACAACUGGCUGUGGCUCGCCGCCAUCGUCGCCGCCUCCUUCGUCAUCUACCUCGUCUCCAUCGGGACCCUCACGCGGUUCUACAUCUACCCCGUCGACCGCAACUCCAACAAGGUGUACGCCUCCGCCGCGAGGGGCGCGCUCCACGUGGCGUUCGUCUGCGCCGCGGUGGCGGCCGCGGCGACGGCGGGGUUCGUGUGGAACAAGGCCCGGAGCGCGGCGACGCAGAUACGGAGCAUGGAGGGGGCGACGCCGACGGCCUCGCCCGAGUCGUGCUGCUACAACGCGGAUAGGGAGAUGGAGAGCUUGCCGCAGCAGUCGCUCGCGGAGUCCGUCAACGUGCACUACGGGGAGAGGCCCGACCUCAAGAGAUACUUGUUUGAGAGGAAGGAAUCGAGUGUUGGAGUUUUGGUUUGUGGGCCGAAGAAGCUGAGGCAUCAAGUGGCCAACAUAUGUUCUUCUGGUUUGGCGGAGAAUCUGCAUUUUGAGUCCAUUAGUUUCAGUUGGUGAUUUCUUCAUCAACUUUCUAAUCAGAAUCGUUUCUUUUUCUUGUUUUUUUUUUUGUUUUUUUUGGAAAAAAAAUUGUGUUUGAUGUCAGAAUGUAAUGAAUUGGGUGCCCUUGUUCGUGAAAAUGAGAUGCGAGUAAAAUAAUUUUGCAAUCAGAAGAA